AUGGAGAGGACCGAGGAAGUUUUAUCUAAUUUUCAGGAGAAUGUCACUGCAGGGGUGGAAGAGGACCCGAUAGAAAAUGAGACCUUUGUUGCAGAAACAGAAUCCGUUCCGAUUGGUGCAAGUCAGUCAGACGAUCAAAGAGAUGUCAUCUUUCUCGACGGAAUAGGUUCGUUUGGUGCAAUUGAUUUUGAUGCGUUGCGAGCUGAGGAGAUUAUGAUGAUAGAGUUUGUCGAUUUGAAAACUACUUAUGACUUCUAUAACGAGUACGGUCGAAUUAAGGGGUUUUCCAUACGCCGGUCGAAGGUAGGGCGCUGCAAGAAGGCAGGAUCUGAGGGCGACAUUAUAUGGCAAAUUUUUGUAUGCUCGCGACAAGGUGAACGAGAUGCAAAGCAUGUUCACAGAAAUAAUAGGAAGAUGGAUCCUAGACCAGUAACGCGAUGCGGGUGUAAUGCGCGGAUAAAAGUUCAUGUUGACUCGAGGAACGGGAGAUGGUAUGUUGACUUCUUCUCCGAUGAACAUAACCAUGACAUGUUGGAGGCAAGGUUUAGGAGAAUGAUGCGGUCUCACCGGGCAAUAAAAACGGGGGAUUUACACCAGAUUAAUACUAUGAGAAGCUCUGGCCUUCGAGUUCCGACAAUAUUUCGGGCUUUUGCAAACCAAAGUGGUGGAUUCAAGAUGGUUGGGUUUCAGGUGAAAGACAUAUAUAAUGCAAUUGAGAAGCAAAGAAGAGCUGGAGCAAGCGACACGGAUAAUGCACUCAAGUAUUUACAAAUGUUGAAGAGGCGUGACCCCUGUAUGUUUUGGAAGUAUUCGUUGGAUGAACAACGGAUGCUCCACAAUAUAUUUUGGUGUGAUGGUGCAAGUCAGUAUGAUUUCAAUGUUUUCGGAGAUGUUAUAGGGUUUGAUGCAACGUACGGGAGGAAUAAGUACAAAUGUCCCCUUGUGAUAUUCUCUGGCGUGGAUCACCACAUGUGCACUGUUGUGUUUGGAUGUGCGGUUCUCUUAAAGGAAGGGGAGGAAAGCUAUGUGUGGUUGCUUCGGGCAUUUCUGAAGGCCAUGAAAGGAAAGGCUCCUAAGUCCGUUAUUACCGACGGUGAUCAAGCCAUGAAGAGUGCAAUCAAAGCUGUAUUUCCAGAAGCACAUCAUAGAUUGUGCAGCUGGCACUUUCUACGCAAUGCGACCACUCGAGUAGGUAUUCCACGAUUUAUGACCAAGUUUCGUCUUUGUUUAAUGGGGGAUUUGGAGGUCGAUGACUUUGAAGAUAUAUGGAAUGAUGCAGUUGAAGAAUUUGGGUUGCAACAAAAUUCAUGGGUCAAGGAUAUGUAUGAAAGGAAACAUAUGUGGUCAAAUGCCCAUAUUAGGUGUAAGUUCUUUGUUGGGCUCAAGACAACAUCAAGGUGUGAGGCGUUAAAUAUGCAGAUAAGGAAGUUUAUACACAACGGCUACAACUUGAGGGAAUUCAUUGAGCAUUUCCAACAGUAUUUAGAGUUCAUGCGUAGGAGAGUAGUGGUUGCUGAUUACAAAUCUGCUUAUGGAGAACCGGUUGUGAAAACAAGAUUGGAGGAGUUAGAGCGAUUUGCAGCAGCAGUAUACACACGAGAGGUCUUUGUCUUAUUUCGGGAGUUGUUAUUACUAGCUAGCAAUGUCAGAGUAGUUUCUUCGAAGAAGACAAGCACGUGUACAUUGUUUGAGGUGGCCAUGUAUUGCCAAGGUAGAUCAUGGAACGUUUCGUGGGGGGAGAUAGAUGAUGAAUUCAGAUGCUCUUGCCUGCGCAUGGAAUCUUUUGGAAUCCCCUGUGUCCACAUAGUUGGUGUGCUUGUCAGACUUAACAUGGUUGUUAUUCCAGGUAGUCUUAUACUGGGUCAUUGGACAAAGAAGGCAAAACAACCACCGAUAAAUAACCAUGUUUUUAGUGAAGAGAUUCCUGAUGCAGCCUAUAUGAGUAUGCAUGCAGCAAUGCUCGAUGACUGUAGAGAACUGGUAAAGCUUUCUUGUAGUAACUUUGAGGAUUACUUCGAGGUGAAGACCAAAAUAGCUAAUGAACGAGACGUGUUAAGAGAAAAGAUCCGAAAAAGGUUGGCGACCACUGCUGAGGGCGGGGGCGAUGAUGCGUCCAUACACGAUCCUCCAAAAGCCAGACAUAAAGGGUGUGGUCGUCAUGUUGUGACGACUCGUGGGAGGUACCGGCGUGUCCAACGUUGCAGAAAGUGUGGCAAGGCUGGCCAUAACGCUCGUAGAUGCGCAACCGGGAAUGGUGAGGACACCACGCAUGAAUUAGAUGCUUUUGGAUCAUCGCACAACAUGGACGAAUCACAAGAAGCCGAGGCUUCACAACAGAUGGAGUACGAUGAUCUGAGCUUCUAA